AGAACUCAAAUAGUCGCUUAUGUACUCUUGUUCAGUGUCCAUACAAAAAGUCCAGACAAAGGGAUUAUUGGGGCUUCCACUUUUUCUCACCCCUGUGCCACUGUCCUGAUUGAGACCAGGGCAAGCCAUGAGUAAACAGGAGACUCUGGCAACCUGUAUUGCCAGAAUGUAUGAGGGUGGCAGACUGGAGAACUCUGGAACGCCAUCCGGAACAAUUAAGAAGUCGAGCACUACUUUGAUAGGUAGCCUGAGCAAAGUGGAGGUCAAGUUGAACGUCCUGGAGGGGAAAAUGGAACAAAUUGAGCAUACACAGACAGAGGUGCUCCAAAAGCUGAGCUCACUGUGUCAUGGAAUGGAAUCGUUGGAGAAGAGCCUUAUGCAACACAAGCAGGGCAGCCAAGAAUCAAAUCUGGUCAAAAAUGGCCAAGUAGAGGGCAACAAGCUCCCCUUGCUUACUGAGGUCAGAUCGCUUUGUGGAGAAACUGUGGAUCUGCUUCAUAAUCUCAAGCAGGAGAGUCAGCAGCAGACGAAGAAAAUCAGUGGUAUUGAAAGUUCUCUGUCCACACUCGAUAAAGUACUAGGGUAUGUGGGAGAUGCUUUCCGCAACUCAAAGAUUGUAGAGUUUAUCCUCAGUGGUGUGGUGCCAUGGAGGAAGCAAGGCCUUCUGGACACUGUAGAGGAAGAGAAAAACAAAACAGAUGACAACAGUAUUAAGCCCAAAGACAGUGUGUGCCACCAGAGCACACAGACUUCAGAGGAGGUUCAAGAAGUUUCAGUUAAGACUGAGCUCCAGCGGCCAGAGGUCACUGUUUCCACUUUCCCCAGUCUACCUACUCCUGAAACCCUGACAGGAUCAUCUGAACCUCUGCACACUGUUAGUGGAGGAGAAUGGUCCAAUAAAGCUUUACGUAAGGCCAAGGAGGUCACCGGGAAAAGCAGAGAGCCGGCACGUGUCCAGACAUUUGCUCCUGAAGUCCAUCUUGAAGUUGAGGAGACUGAGGUGCAUGAUGUACCCACACAGGAGACAGAUAGACCGGCUGCAUUGCCAAUUAAAACAGAAGGUGUCACAGUUACAACAGCUAAAGUGGAAGAAGAUGUGGCUUUUCAGCCAGAGAGGGAUCUUGAACAGGCAGGAGUUUCACAGGUUGGUGUGGAGGUUUCAAUCAAGCCAACAUUUCUUGUAGAGGAAGUUAAGCGGAAGUUGGAGGUUCCUCAAAAACAGACAAAAUGUUCACUGUUUGGUGAGAAGGCCUCACCCAAGACAACAGUUAUUGGACAACAGCAACUGGAGCAGAAUAUUUUGGUUCCUCAAAAACAGACAGAACAUUCACUAGUUGGUGAGAAGGCCUCACUCAAGACAACAGUUUCUAGAGAAAUAGAGAAAAAGUUGGAAGUUCAUCAAGAACCUCAGCUUUGCACCAAAGAUCUUGUCAACAAGGAUUCAGAGACUAAGUCACCACAUAAAAAGUCAGCAGAGGUGGUGACACCUGUACCAAAACAUAAUGAGAACAAGCUGGAAACUGAUCCACUUGUGAAGAACUGUGCAGCUCCUAGUCCACAAACAACAGACCAUGUUGAAGGAGGAAAUGCAACAUCAGGACCUCUGAGAAAAGCUGAGUCACAUCUGAUCAUUGAUGACAGUCCACCACUUCCAGCCCCAUUUGAGCAUCGCAUCGUCAGUGCCAAGCAGGUUCCCAUGAGUUCAUAUUAUGCAGUCAACCCAAAUGUGCUGCUGGGCGGAGGCCGUUUUGGACAAGUACAUAAGUGCGCUGAGUUGUCAUCGGGUCUUACUCUGGCUAGUAAGAUGAUAAAAGUACGGGGAAUGAAAGAGAGGGAUGAAGUUAAGAAUGAAAUUGGAGUUAUGAACCAGUUAAACCACGUGAAUCUGAUUCAGCUGUAUGAUGCCUUUGAGUCUCGGACUAACCUCACUCUCAUUAUGGAAUAUGUGGAGGGAGGUGAAUUAUUUGAACGAAUUGUUGAUGAGAAUUACCAGCUGACGGAGCUGGAUGCCAUCGUGUUUACCAGGCAGAUUUGUGAGGGGGUACAGUACCUUCACCAGCAGUACAUUCUUCAUUUAGAUCUUAAGCCAGAAAACAUAUUAUGUGUGAACAGCACUGGGAAUCAGAUCAAGAUCAUUGACUUUGGACUCGCCAGAAAGUAUAGGCCCAGAGAAAAGCUGAAGGUCAACUUUGGGACCCCAGAGUUCCUGGCACCAGAAGUUGUCAACUAUGACUUUGUGUCAUUUCCUACAGAUAUGUGGAGCGUUGGUGUCAUUACAUACAUGCUUUUGAGUGGCCUUUCUCCAUUCCUGGGUGACAACGACACAGAGACAAUGAACAACAUUCUGCAUGCCCAGUGGUACUUUGACACAGAGGCAUUUGAGAACGUGUCCGAGGAAGCCAAAGACUUUAUCACCAGACUUCUUAUACCUGCCAAAUGUAGCCGUCUGAGUGCAUCAGGGUGUAUGAAGCAUAGCUGGUUGAAUAACCUGGAGGACAAGGCAAAAAUGUACAAAGUUCGCCUAAAGUCUCAACUGAGUCUGCAGCGUUACCUCACCGCUCACCGUCAGUGGAAGAAACACUUCUAUGCAGUUGCAGCCGCUAACAGGUUGAAGAGAUUUCAGAAGAACAGAUCAGUCAGUACGCCAAAUUAGCUAUUAACCUAGAGGGUAAUGUCAGUAGCAAAUACAUCACACAUUGGGAAAGCAUCCUGUUAUUUAUCAGUUUCUGAUGUAAAGAAUUUGUAUAAAGCGUUUUAUCUCGCCUUGUUUGUAGUCAGUUUCCUUUUUUGCUUUUUUAAGUAUCUCGUUUAAAAAUGUCACAUUUCUUAAUUUACCUUGUUUGGAACACCAUUGCAUUUAAUUUACACUUCGUUAUCAUGCUUUCACACCAAGAGUGUAGAGCAUGGAUUACAGGGUUUGCUUUUGAAUCACAUGAAAAAGAUUUUGUCCCUUCUGUGAAGGUUUUUCUUGGGCUCUACUGCCUUGUCCUAGUACAAACCCUAGCAAAAAAAUGUUUACUUCAUAGCAAAUAAACAAAUCACAGAUAUGACACAAAAAAUUGUUAAAUAGCUGAAAAUGAAAUUGCUUUGUGAAACAUUCCUCAAACUAAUUAAAUUACAUUAUUUUAAUUAAUUGCAUAUUUGUUAGUAGAGGAAAAAAUUAUGGAAUCAUCAUAAAAAAAAAAUCACAAUUAGAAAUGUGUUGCUCCUCCUCUGGCUUUUAUGACAGCCUGAAUUAUUUGAGGCAUGGACUUCAACACAAUAUUCUCCAUCAAGCUGGUUCCAACUUUCUCAAGUAGCGGUUGACAGAUCAGCUUUACAUGAAGUCUUGUCAUGAACCAAUUUUUUCAAUUUCCACCAUACAUUUUAAAUCGGAUUUCCUGAAGAAAAGCUUUAACACUCUUUGCUCUGUGGCAAGAUGCAUUAUCAUCCUGAAAAAUGACUUCUAACUUAUUUUCUAUCGAUGAAAUGAGAAAAGUGUCCAAAAGUUCAAUGUACACCGUGCAUUGUCUGUUGAGGUAGUGAUUGCCAUCUCCCAUGGUCCUUUACCUGAUAUGCAACCCCAUAUCAUAAAUGACUGGGGAAAUUUGAUUUGUUUUUUCAAGCAUCUUUAUUAUUAGAACGGUACCAGACAAAAGUUCCAGCAUCAUCGCCUUGGCCAGUGCAGAUUCGUGAUUCAUAGCUGAAUAUCACUUUCACCCAAUCAUCCACACUCCAUGAUUGCUUCUCUUUAGCCAACUGUUGCCUUGUUUUCUUCCAUUCAGGUGUUAGUGCUGUUUUUUGUUUGGCUUUUCUUUAUGUAAAUCCCAUUUCAUUCAGCCGAUUUCUUACAAUUCUGUCACAAACACUGACUUCUGUUUCCACCCAUUUGUUUUUAAAUUUGUUUUGUUGAACAUUUUCUAUUUUCACGGCAUAUUGCUUUGAGUUUUCUAUCCUGAUGCUUUGACGUCUUCCUUGAUCUACCCGUAUGUUUUCCUUUUAUAACCUCCCGAUUUUGUUUAUACUCUAUAUUAUAUGCACACUCCAUAUUAUAUUUCCUAUAUAUAUAUAUUUCCAUAUUUAAUUUUCCAUUUUUACCUUCUACUUGAUCUGGGAAAAAAAUAUGCCAUUAAUUAAAAACAAUGCAAUUUCAUUUGUUUGAGGAAUGUUACAUGAAGCCAGAUGUUCGGCUAUUAAACAAACUAACAUUGUGUCAUAUCUGUGAUUUUUAUUUGCUACGAAGUAAAAAAAGCUGGGUGAACAUCUUAAUUUUUGCCAGGGGUUGUUUUUGAAAGAACAUUUUCUUUCAUAUUGUUUGAAAGUAUUUUUUAUUAGUAAAAACUUAGAAGCAGGAUUUUAUAUAGAGACACAGCGGACAUCCAACAUUGCUAACCUUUAUUGAGCAUUUAGUUAACAGGAAAACUCAAAUCAAAAACUCAAUAGGAGAUUGACUAGCAUGAUAUAUCAUUUUCUUUUUUCCAAAUUCUCAUUUAAAACAAUUUCACUGCUUGUUCUGGGAUUUUUUUGUAAUAUUAAUACUGUGACAAAGAAUUCAUUGCAUUGAUCUUCAUUUGCAUUUCGUAGCAUAAAUGACAAGAUGUAAACAUUCAUAUGGUGAGAGCAUAAAUCACAAAUAUAUGCACAUAUGGUUCUGCUGUUGGCAUGGUAACUGGCAUAUAAGGGCACAGACAUUAGGACUCUUUAUAGGGCAGUUCUGUUUGGCUAUUUCUCUGUUAGAGAUUGUUUGUAGAGUGUGCUUGUACAAAAACCUUUUUCAAUUGCAAUAUUGAUGGUCACAAACAUCUGUACUUUGCUUCUGUUGUAAAUGCAUGCAUGUAUGUUUUUGAAGACAUUUAUAAAUGUGCCCGAACACAAUAGUAAUACAAUAAAAUUUUGUCAUGACUACAUAAACACUCAUGAGACAUGUCUUACUGAAACAAAUGGAUAACACAUCAGAAGCUCUUGAAUACUUGACAUCAAUACACUAACAUUUUUGUUAAGGUGAUUCAAACCCACGUCACAAAAACUGUUAAAUUAAGUCACAUUGUCACUAGACAUAAUUAUCUAAUCAUGAUGCAUUAAACAGAUGACUGAUUUAACACAAGUUCAAAGUUCAUUCACACGUACUGUAUACCAACCCCACAACUAAAUGAACAAUUAUAAAAUCCUGCCAUUACAAGACAUUUAAGUUAGGGACUCAAAAUGGUAUGGUAAUGAACUGAUUCAUUAAAUCUGUCACUUCACUGGCAAAAAGUAAUAAAGUGACCAAAGUGCUUUUAAAAUGUCCAUAUUUCAAUGGAAGUGAAUUUAAAAAAAAGAAGCUAAAAGGGGGCAGACGACUAGUCUUGGUAACAACAUAUCAAAUCCUCCCACAAGUAGGGUCCAGCCGACAUAAUACAGAAGCAUAAUUAAAUAAAAUGGAGACAUCAUAACAGAGUUUAUGAAUCUACAGCCUUUGCUUUUAGUGCAUUUUCAAGGAUUUUUCUUUUCCACUUCAUAAUUUUGUGUCUUCUCAAUACACAGUUCCUUAGGGGGUAGAAAAUUAUCUUUGUCAUUGAAUAUGACAGAUAUGAUAGAGUGUGGUGGUGGCGGCGUAGUGGGCUAAAGCACUAUACUGUUAAGCAGAAGGUUGUUGGUUCGACCCCCACAGCCACCACCAUUGUGUCCUUGAGCAAGGUACUUAACUCCACAGGGGAUUGUCCCUGUAAUAAGGGCUCUGUAAGUCGCUUUCGAUAAAAGCAUCUGCUAAAUGCAUAUGCUUUGUCCCUUAUUAGAUUAAACAGCUAGAAGUAGGGCUGCACGAUAUGUAGGAAAAAUGCGAUAAGUUGUUGGAAAACGUGAUACGAUAAUCCUAUCAUGACAUCAUCGGAGCAUUCGGAACAUCAGAACCCCCACCGCCCAAAUAAACUGAAGUACAUUUUACAAGCCCUUGUAAAAUGCAUAUGUACAUUUGCGAUAUUUCAAUAAAUUUGAUGUAUCCUGCAGCCCUAAUUAGAAGUAUUACUUAUGUUAGUAUUUGGAGGAAAUGUUCAUUCCUACAGCUUGGAGACAGACUAAAGGAUAGUUCACCCAAAAAUUAUACCAUAAAUUUACUCACCCUCAUGUCCUUUCAAAUCUAUAUAACUUUCUUCCGUGGAACUUAAUAGGAGAUGUAAGGCAGAAUGUUUAGCUUCAGUCACCAUGCACCUUCAUUGUAUGGAAUAAUGAUGAAGGCCAACAAACGUAACAUCUCCUUUAGUGUUUUACAGAAGAGAGAUGUCAUGUUGAUGACAAUGAUGAUACAAUUUUUAUAUUUGGGGAAACUA